AUGUCGUGGGUGAAAUCAGUGGCGUCUAGUGAGGAUGUGUUCGACGAGGAUGUGGAUGAUAUUAGUCUGCAGAACAAAGAAUGGAAAUACAACAUGGAAAAACGCGCAAAGGAUGGUUUCAGAGAUGGCAGUGAUGCUGGGAAAGAAGCGUCUCUACAAGUUGGUUUCAACAUGGGAUACACGGAAGGAGCCGCUAAAAUCACAGUCAUCGGUCAGCUCAAAGGAAUCAUGAGUGCUGUUCGAUGCUGGUGUCGGGUUCAGCUGCCUGGCAGCCCGGCUUUAGCAUCAGUUACUGAUCUGCUACAGAGAUUGGAGACGCAUGAAGAUGGGCUGGUGGAGGACAUGAGGAAAGCCCAGCAGAGGCCUCCACCUAGUGUGACUGAGAUGGUGGAUGACAUGGAGGACCUAAAUGUCGAGCAAAGGAACCAAGGUGGAGAAUCUAGGUGCUCAAACAAUGGGGACUGUUGUGGGAAAGGUGGAACGAAUAAUGACUGCUGUGGAAACGUUGGAGGCGUGAGUGAAGAUUCGCCAAGAACUCUUUGCCGGCAUUCUUUCUCUACAGGAGAGAGUCUGAAACAGCUGCUAAAGUGCUGUUUGGACUUAGUAACAGAACUGGGGCUUCCUGAAGAAUUAAAACUCCACAUUCAGCAGCUCAUAGACACUUGA